AUGGAUAGCAUCUUAUUCUACGGUGAUCGGGACGAGGCUACUCGAAGACAAGUCCGCAGUGCAGCAGCGAGCCAUUCACAUCGCAUAGGUCCACGCAAAGCGAAAGCCAGCAAGAAGCCCAAGGCCGAAGAGCACACUCAGUCGGGAAGGAGGAGGAAGUUGGAGUCAUGUUCAGUGACGACGAGCACGUUUGCGAUCGACAAGACUGUUCGUAAUGCCACUGCUUCUCCGCCGAAAGUGCACAAGGCAACCGAUCACAAGAUUUCGCGCCAUGAGAUCCUACCAGGUCGACAGGAACCAUCGCCAGCCUCGACAGCUUCAAGUCUGGAUAGCGAGGCCCAUGGGGGGAGACUUGCUCCAGUCAUGUUAGACUUCACGCAGCAAUCAACCAUUCGUGGACAACCGCUCUCUAUCAAGUCUGAUCACUCAUCGCCAAGCCUGAUCACACCGUCGCCGUCCAUGGACCAACUCCCACCGAGGAGCAACCCUGACCAACGACACUUCCGCCACGACUCAGCAGCCGAUCCUCUAGUGAUCACUCGAAUUCCUACUCGACUCGAUGCGCCUCGCUACGAGCGCUCUUUCGAUGGGCGCCUACACCUAGUGGCCUCUUCGACCAACUCCCUGCCCCAGAAGCAUAUCAGCCCGCCCGCGCUGCGAGUAUUGCCUGAUCCGAGUUCCUUCGCACGACCAACGAGUAGGUCUUCGGAUGUCCUUUCUGGCCAGGGUAUGGGAGCACCCCGAAGCAGCUCGGAAGAUGUGGUCGAAGACGAUAGACUUCGCAUGUCAUUCGCCGGCUGA